CGCCGCUAAAAAAAGGCCUCACAAUUUUUACCCGGCCACCUCUUACUUCCCGUCCCUCGACAACAACAAAAAAAAGUUUCUCCCUUUUUAACCAUCCAUCCUCCAUCCCCUUGAACCUCACGAUCCCGUUGCGCGGCUCUUCGUGACAAGUCCCUCCCCACUCAGCCUUUUGUAUUGUUUUCUCCGGUUCGAUUCACACAUCACAGCCACAAUGGCCUCUUCCGUUCCCUCUACCGGCUCGGCCAAGGUCGACGCCGUCGUCGAGAAGGCUGCUGCCGCCGCCCCUGGCCAGCUUUCCGGCCUCGCCCUCUACUCCAGAUUCGCCCUUGCCGGUGCCGUCUGCUGCUCCGUUACCCACGGUGCUCUUACUCCCGUCGAUGUCGUCAAGACCAGAAUCCAGCUUGACCCCGCCACCUACAACCGCGGUAUGAUCGGCGGCUUCAAGCAGGUCAUCCAGAACGAGGGUGCCGGCGCUCUUCUCACUGGCUUCGGACCUACCGCUGCCGGUUACUUCCUCCAGGGCUCCCUGAAGUUCGGUGGAUACGAGUUCUUCAAGCAGCAGUCCAUCAACUUGAUCGGCUACGAGAACGCCGUCAACAACCGCACUGCUGUCUACCUCGCCUCCUCCGCUGCCGCCGAGUUCUUCGCCGACAUUGCCCUGUGCCCCCUUGAGGCCACCCGUAUCCGUCUCGUCUCCGAGCCCACCUACGCCAACGGUCUCAUCGGUGGCUUCAGCAAGAUGCUCAAGAACGAGGGUAUCGGUGCCUUCUACGCCGGUUUCGGACCCAUUCUGUUCAAGCAGAUCCCCUACACCAUGUCCAAGUUCGUCGUCUUCGAGAAGGUCUCCGAGGCCAUCUUCCGCCAGUACCCCAAGAACACCCUCUCCGACAGCGCCCAGACCGCCGUCAACCUCGGCUCCGGUCUCAUGGCCGGUUUCGCCGCCGCCAUCGUCUCCCAGCCCGCUGACACCAUGCUCUCCAAGAUCAACAAGACCAAGGGUCUCCCCGGUGAAGGCACCACCUCCCGCCUCAUCAAGAUCGCCAAGGAGCUCGGCAUCCGCGGCUCCUACACCGGUAUCGGUGCCCGUCUCUUCAUGGUCGGUACCCUCACUGCCGGUCAGUUCGCCAUCUACGGUGACCUCAAGAAGGCCCUCGGUGCCACCGGCGGUGUUGAGAUCUCCAAAUAAACAACGACUUGACGAACCGGAACGACGAGGCGAGAAGAUGGUUGGCGAAGAAGACGAAGAAGAAGAAGAAUGGUGUUGGUUUCUGGAUGAGGACAGAGAUGUCUCCUCCGUCCCCUCUUCAUCACCCUGGAUCCAGGAUUGUAUAACUCCGGGAAUGAACCUCAACGGCGGGGAACCACAUUUUUAUGAUAUCCUCUCACAGCAGCAAGCAGCAUUUGCCGCCCCCCCCCCCUUUCCUCCACUAGAUGGGGGGCUGCAUUUCUUCUCUGCAUUAGAAAUUUUUUCUUUAACGAACAUCGGCCUGGGCAAACUUCUUGUUUCAUCUGUUCAGCAAGACUCCUUGGAGGGCAUGGGGAACUUGGGGGUUAAUCUUUUCAGGAAAACUGCCUAUCAUAGAAGCAUAGAGCAUGAUAGACGAAAAGAUGGCUGGCCUGCCGGAGGGUUGUAUAAUAGUCGCUUUGUAGUUUGCAAUCAUAGACCGGGAGUUUGGACCUC